AUGGACGCUUAUUUGGAUGGGGUGAUAAUGAACGAGGGCAAAUUGGUGGUGGAAAUAUUGCCAUUACCAGUGAUGGACAGGUGUUUAUAUGGGGAGAGGUUGGGUCAACCACUUGGAAACGCCCACAACUAUUGGACAAUAGUAGUUGUGGGAAAAUCUGAAAAUGUAACGUUAGAUGAGCCAUUUGAUGAAAUUGAUAAACUUGGUGAGGGUGGCUUUGGACAGGUGUUCAAAGUUAAAAACAAAUUUGACAAACGUUCAUAUGCAAUUAAGAAAUGUCCACUAAAUAAAUUGACAGGAAAAGAGAAACAAAAUGUUUUGAACGAAAUGCAAAGUCUUGUGAAACUUCGGUCAGAGUUUGUCAUUAAAUACUACUAUUCAUGGAUUGAUAAGAAAGACAAUUGUCUUAACAUUCAAAUGGAGUUAUGUUUCGCUAAUUUGACAAAUAUUUUGGAAACUAAGAAAUCAUUGUUUAAUGAAAUGACUAUAACUGAGAUUUGUAUAUCGUAUCAUAUAUUUUAUGAACUCACAGAAUGUGUGCAAUAUUUGCACGAAAAGCAUAUCAUUCACAGAGACCUCAAACCGGAUAAUGUGUUGAUUUCAAUGGACGGACGCAUAAAGUUAUGUGACUUUGGUUUGGCUAAAGAACUUGCAAAUACUGAUUGGUAUCGGAUGUCUAAAACUAAACAUACGGCAGAUGUCGGGGAUCUGUCAUAUCAGGCACCGGAAGUAAAUUCAGAUCCAAUUGAUUACGACCAUAGGAUAGAUAUCUACAGUCUAUCCCUAAUUGUGGCUCAAAUUUUUGGGUUCGAUACAAAUGAUAUAAAGAACGGAUUGUAUUUGGGGCCGUCCUAUUGUGGUACACCCCAUACAUCCCCAAAUAACCACCUGUCCAUCACUGGUAAUGGCAACUGA